GGGCGCGCCACCGCCAGAGCCGCCCCGGUCGCCGCGGACUCCACAUUCCAACGUCGCUGCGCUGCCGGUGCGAACCAGUGACUGAGUGACCGCCUUCAACCCGUGCGACAUAACAUAAAUUACCAACAUGUCUGACGAGGAGGAAUAUUCUGGCUCCGAGGAGGAGGAAGUAGAAGAAGAAGUUCCGGAGACGCCCGCUCCUAAACCAGAGAGUAGACCAUCGAUCGCGGGUGAGGGAGAUCCAGAAUUCAUCAAGCGUCAAGACCAGAAGCGGUCGGACUUGGACGAGCAGCUGAAGGAGUACAUCAACGAAUGGCGCAAACAGCGGGCCAAGGAGGAGGACGAGCUCAAGCGCCUCAAAGAGAAGCAGGCUAAACGCAAGGUUUCUCGCGCUGAAGAAGAGAAGCGCCUCGCCCAGAAGAAGAAGGAGGAGGAGGAGAGGAGAGUCCGGGAGAUCGAGGAGAAGAAACAGCGCGACAUCGAGGAGAAGAGACAGCGGCUCGAGGAGGCGGAGAAGAAGCGCCAGGCCAUGCUGCAGGCCAUGAAGGAGUCCAGCAAGACCGGACCCAACUUCACCAUUCAGAAGAAGAGCGAUAACUUCGGACUGAGCAGCGCUCAGCUGGAGCGCAACAAGACCAAGGAGCAGCUGGAGGAGGAGAAGAAGAUCUCCCUCUCCAUCCGCAUCAAGCCGCUCAACAUCGAGGGCCUGUCCGUAGACAAGCUGCGCCAGAAGGCCACCGAGCUCUGGGAGUGCAUAGUCAAGCUCGAAACAGAGAAAUACGACCUCGAGGAGAGGCAAAAGAGACAGGACUACGACUUAAAAGAGCUCAAAGAAAGACAAAAGCAGCAGCUGAGACACAAGGCCCUGAAGAAGGGUCUCGACCCCGAGGCACUCACAGGCAAGCACCCCCCCAAAAUCCAGGUCGCGUCAAAAUAUGAAAGGCGUGUCGACACACGGUCCUAUGACGACAAAAAGAAAUUAUUCGAAGGUGGUUACAGUACUAUAGAAGCGGAAGUUUUGGAUAAGUUGUGGAAGGAGAAGAUGGAUCAGUGGACGAACCGAAACAAAUCGCGACUGCCCAAGUGGUUCGGCGAGAGGCCGGGCAAGAAGAAGGGCGAGCCGGAGUCGCCGGAGGGUGAGGAGGACGUGAAGGCGGAGCCCGAGGACGAGGAGCCGCAAUACGAGCCCGAGCCCGAGGAGGAGGAGGAAGAGGUCGUCGAGGAGGAGGAGGUCGAGGAGGAGGAGGAGGAAGAGGAAGAGGAGGAGGAAGAAGAAGAGGAAUAAGGCGGGAUGGGGCGAGGUGCGAGGGGCGAAGGGCGCGGGCCGGCCGCGUCCGUUGAACUGUUUUGUAACCAAUCCAUUAACUUAUUGCUAUUAUAAAUUAUUUUUAUUAUUUAUACUGUUGAGUCAAUCGUUACGGAGCAAACAUUUACACACGACACGCGUCAACAACAUCUGUCACGUCGCAAUAAACUAAUUUAUUUCAUAAAAA